CCUUGAGCACUAAGAAGUUUUUGUUCAUUCACACAUAUUGUUUAUAUAUUUAUUUUACACAAAAUGGUUUUAGCCAAGGUCACUCCUUCUCCAAUCUACCAAGCACUUUUUGAAACUUUACAAAAGUCUGAUUUCGAUGUUACUUCACCUGAUUACCAAAAAACUCGCGCAACCGCCGAUAGUCUACCUCUUCCUGAUGGUGUCGUUAUUCAAAAGGCCGUUGUGGAAGAAAAAGUUAUUCCAGUUGAUAAUCACAAUAUUACUUUGACUCUAGUCCGUCCUGUUGGUACAGAAAAUGAAGUAUUACCUGCCAUUAUUUACUUUCAUGGUGGUGGAUGGCUCUGGGGAAGCUUCAAAACACAUGAAAAAUUGGUUAAAGACAUAGCUGUGAAUGCUCAUGUUGCUGUUGUGUUUGUUGAUUACAGUCUUAGUCCUGAAGUCAGAUUUCCUGUGGCAGUAGAAGAAUGUUAUUCUUCCAUUCUUUGGGUGCAUGAAAAUGCUGAAAUGAUUAAGGUGGACCCUUCCAAUUUGGUUGUGAGUGGCGAUUCCGCUGGUGGUAAUUUAUCUGCUGCGACUUCCAUCAUGUUGAAAGAACGUGGUCAUGGUAAUGUGGUAGCGGGUCAAAUUCUUAUAUAUCCCGGUGUUGCUCAACAUCGACAACACUAUGAAUCAUACAACUUAUUCGGAAAUGGUGAUUAUAUUUUAUCUCAAAAGGAAAUGGUAUUCUUCCUCAAUGCUUAUUAUGGAAAUGAAAAGCCUCCAAAAGAUGUACGAUCUGCUCCUCUUUUGGCUACGUUGGAUGAAUUAAAAGGUGUACCUCGGGCAUUGAUUUUGACAGCUGAAUGUGACGUCCUUAGGGAUGAAGGAGAAGAAUAUGCUCGUAGAUUAACUGAAGCUGGUGUGGAUACAUGUUGUACGCGAAUGAUUGGUGCUGUUCAUGGUUAUGCUAGUUUCCCUGCGGACACUCCUCAAUAUCGACAAACUUUGAAUAUGAUUUCUGCCUUUAUGAACAAACGUCUUUAUUAGCUGUCUU